AUGGAUCCUGCUCCAGUGUUCGUUCGCAUCGUGACACAUUCAUAUGCUUCGACAUCACCUACUGUUUUUGGAUCAGUUGGCUAUCAUCAGUCGGUGUGUUGUCUGUUGGGUCUGCUGAAGGAUCUUCUGCUACUGAUUCUUUUGUUGAUAUGGAUGCUCGGAGGCACGCAAUUCAUCUUUGCAAACAGCCGGUUCAACCUCUUGAUGGAUGAAGGGAACAAAGAGAGCAAUCUGACAUACGGAUAUCGUUUUUUGAAGGAAGACAUACAGAGAUCAGAGAUGGAGCAGUUCAGCGCAAACCACCAUCAGAUUGUCUUUUCCUCCACUUCACGGCGACGAGCCCGACCAGUCCCCGUCUCCGCGAUCGCGUCCUUCUCCAAGCGCCGCCGUGAGCCCACUUUCGCGGACACCGGGAACGCGAUGAGCUCCCGCAGCGGCGGCGGCAGCCUCCGCGAUAGGCUGAGGGCCGUCUCCCGCCUCGCCGGAUCCGGCUUCCGCCGUCCGCAGGCGGAGGCGCAGUGCUCCACGGGCCCGGUCCCCGGGGCUGCGUUCGACUUGGAGGCCGAUCCUCCGCCGCCGGUGCUGACGCAAGAGCAGGUCAGGCUAUGCAAGGAGGCGCUCGCGCAUUUCGAGCCGAGGAGCAAACAGCUGGAUGUCUUGUCCGACGAGUUCCAAACCCUCCAGGGCAUGAGAACAAUGCAUCCAGAGCUGAUGAAAACGUCUAACGUAGCUCGCCAUGCUACUAAUAUGGAGAAAAACCGUUAUACUGAUGUCUUACCAUUUGACGAUACCAGGGUACAGCUAAAAUCGUCAACUACAAGUCAAUUUUCAGGCAAUGAUUACAUCAAUGCAAGCUUUAUAAAGGCUACUGAGGACAACAGAGUUUCAACAUUUAUUUCCACUCAAGGGCCACUAGUCAAGACUUUCGGGGACUUCUGGCAAAUGGUUUAUGAAAAUCAAUGUCCUGUGAUUGUUAUGCUCACACAUUUCGACAGAAUUAAGUGUGAUAAGUAUCUUCCCUUGGAAAAUCGAGAAGGUACAUAUGGAAAAUAUAAUGUUAAGAUUGGGAAGACCAAAAGAGAUAACCACCAAUUAUGGUUGCGUGAUGUGGAGGUGCGGUGCAAUGAGUCAGGCAAAGUUCAUUCUGUACGCCAUAUAGAAUAUCCUGAUUGGCCCGAUCAUGGAGUGCCAGCCAACACUGAUGCUGUCAGACAAAUCCGAAAACGGUUGCAUGACAUUCCGAAAGAACAUCCUAUAGUUGUACAUUGCAGUGCAGGAAUCGGGAGAACUGGUGCUUAUGUCACCGUCCAUAGUUCAAUUGAGAGGAUUCUCCUUGGAGACAGAAGCUCUUAUGAUGUUGUUGAAACUGUAAGAAGAUUUAGGUCCCAACGAGUUGGAAUGGUUCAAACCGAGCAACAAUACGUGUUCUGCUACCGUGCAAUUGCUGAUGAGCUGAAAGAUCUGCUGAAGUCAAACCAUUGAGGUCGGCUGCAUGAUGUGCACUCAGUGUGGCUCCACAAACAUAUACUUGUACGUUGCAUAGCUGAAGACUAGUUCGUCGGAAGAACCAGAGUGCUGCCACUUUGUUGCCCUUCUAUUUCUGUCAUAAAUCCCACUGAAGAGCUUUGUAGCUUGUCGCUUUUGUUUGGUGCAUGAGUGUGCUAAGAUCACGUCGUCACCUCUAUUCCGAUGUGGUCUCCAAUAUUGUUAUAUUUCCUGCUUGUAGAAGAAGGAUCAGUAUAAAGCUUAAAGAAUCUGUUGGACCGAAGCACGUAAGGAGGCUUUUGUGGACCGUUCCUCCACCUGCCUUACCAGAAUCAUGCAUGGGUGCAGUUCACCAAGAAGAUGAGUGCCUGGCGUAUACUUGGAAGGGACCAAUGAAGCAAAGUUUGGUUGGAUGUUACGGUCACUAUAUGUUCAUGAUUACAUUACACCAACCAACUGACGCUUUUACCUCGACUC